GAACCCCAAAGAAGAAGAAGCGGAACCGGAAACGCGCUCCCUUUUGUUUUGAAAGAGGGAAAUUUAAAUUUAAAAACUCGACGGAUAAAUAACCGGCGCACUAAAGAAGAGCGCCUCAUCACACCAACAUGAGGAAGAAGAGGGCGAGGAUGUCUCAGGUUGCAGACGAAGAGCGCUGCGCUCUGUGCCGGCUCAGUGAGGACGACCCGGCCGUGUUGGGAGAAAAGAUCACUUUGAAAGAGCACAAGCUCUCUGUCCACUACUUCUGUUUGCUGACGUCUUGUGGAGUUUACCAGCGAGGAGAGGAGGACGAGGGUGUCUUUGGUUUCCUGGUGGAAGACAUCAAACAGGAGAUCCGCCGCUCGGCUCGACUGGUGUGUUGCGGCUGUAAGAAGAAGGGCGCGUGUGUCGGCUGUAACGUCCGGAGCUGCCGGAGGAUGGUCCACUUCCCCUGCGGGAGGAAACGCGACUUCAUCUCUCAGUUCGCUGGACUCUUUCCGUCGUACUGUCCAGACCACAGUCCCACCCAGUCUCUGGGGGGGGGGUUAGACCUCAGUCUGCCUCAGUCCUGCUCCGUCUGCCUGGACUCCAUCGACCCCGUCCUGAGCUUCUCCGUCCUCAGGUGUCCGUCUUGCCACGCCAGCUGGUUCCACAGGGACUGUGUGCAGCGUCAGGCCCACAGCUCCGGCCUCUUCUUCUUCAGAUGUACUCUCUGCAGCAACAAGGAGAUCUUCCAGGAGGAGAUGCUGCGCAUGGGGAUCUUCAUCCCAGAGAGAGAUGCAUCAUGGGAGUUGGAGGCAAACGCGUAUUCAGAGCUGCUGGAGGUCUACAAGCGCUGCGACGCCCUGGUCUGCCUCUCCAGAGACGGCCGGUCGCACUCCGCCAAGACGGGCUGGUUUGAGGUGGUUCGCUGCCGGCUGUGUGGCUCCAGUGGGACUCACAGGAAGUGUUCGGGGUUGAAGUUGGACACCAAAGUCUGGGCCUGCAGCGACUGCACCCAGGCCACGGACGGGAAAGCCUCCCUGGUCGCGUCUCCUCAAGGAGGCCAGAGGAGGAGUCUGCUGGCCAAACGCCACACGUCCCCCAUCCACUCCUCCAUCAGCUAUAAGAGACCAUCCCUACCUGUUGGAUCCGGGUCCCCUGGGCGGAUCCUGCAGGCUCUGGCCCCUCAGCUCUGUCCCCUCAGUGUGCAGGUGGAGGUGGCCGGGGAUCAGGCCCUGUCUGCAGGGGUGGAGCUAGUGAGGAGGCCCGACUUCGACCCCUCACUCACUCUGUCCGUCUGCUUCAAAGACGACCAGCUGACUACAUUUCCCAGCAGCCUCCAGGACGGUGACGCGGCGAGGCAGUACUUCCUGCAGCUGCUGGUGCAGCAAAUCCAGGACUCUGUGGUGUUUGAGGGUCCAGACGGAUCCAAGAACCUGGCGCUGGACUCCCAGGCCCUGCGUGAGGACCUGUACUUCGACGUGGGCUGCCUGCUGGCUCUGUCUCUGGCUCACGGUGGUCCUCCCAUCAGCUUCUUCUCCGGCGCCCUCUACCAGUGUCUCUUCAACCAUCCGCCCAAUCGCCCGCUCGCCCUCACGCACAUGACCCCCGACACGCCCGUCACCCGCCGGGUCACCCUGAUCGCGGAGGCGGAGUCUGCGGACCAGCUGGCCUCGGCCGUGGCGGCGAGCCGGGAGUUCCUGGAGUUGGCCGGCUGCAACCGAGAGGUCGGCGGCCUGGAGGAGAGAGAGGCCCUGGUGGAGGACCUGGUCGGCUUCACCAUGAUCACCAGGAUGCAGCUGCCUCUGCAGAGGUUUCGUGAGGGCCUGCAGACGCUGGGUGUCUUUGAUCAGGUGCAGCUGUUCCCGUCGGCGUUCUGCGGCGUGUUCUGUGACGGUCUCCUGUCGGCUCGGUGUCUGGCUCAGGUCUUCAGCGUCCUCUUCUCCCAGCAGGAGGUCCGGCUGAGCAGAGAGACGCCCGUCUCCUACUUCUGGAGACGCCUCCUGCUGGACUGUGAAGUUGGGAGGAGCUCUAUCUCCCUGCAGGACCUUCUUCGUUUUGCUACAGGAGCUGAGGAGCUCCCAGCAGCCGGCCUCCUGCCUCCUCCCUCCAUCUCCUUCCUCCACCCUGUGAGAGAGCAGGAGGAGCAGGAGCAGGAGCAGGAGGAGAGGGGGGGAGAGAGAAGAAGGAGGGAGCCGUUGAGGGACGAGGGUCUCUUCCCUCAGAGCGAGCCCGGCUACAACCGCCUCCUCCUGCCCGUCUGCUCCUCCUACCAGGCCUUCAAAAGCUCGAUGGAGCAGGCAGUCAGCCACCACGUGCACCUCCUCCCCACAGCCAGUUAGAGGAGAGAGGAGAGGAGAGGAUAAGAGAGGAGGAGGAGAGGAGAGGAGAGGAGGAGGAGGAGGGGAUAGGGGAGAGGAG